AUGCCGACUCAAUCGAUUUUGGUGCUGGCCACUGCGCUGGUCUCGUCCUUCCUCGUGUCUCCCGUCGCCGCCCAGCUUCAUACCGAUUGCGACCCAUUGAACGCAACCUGUCCCCCCGACCCAGCGCUAAGCACAGCACAUACCUUCUACUUCAAUGCCACUCCACCAGAUGGCACUUUCAACAUGACCGCCGGUACUGUCGACUACAGUGUUGACAAGGGAGGCGCCUUCACAGUCGCCAAAAAGGGCGAAUCGCCGACCUUAAACUCGAACUUCUACUUUUUCGGUGGUAAGACGGAAGUACUUCUGAAAGCAGCGCCUGGUACCGGAAUCAUCAGCUCCAUCGUCUGGUCUUCCGAUGUGCUCGAUGAAGUUGAUUGGGAAUUUUUCGGAGGAAACACAACACACGUAUCUACCAAUUACUUUGGAAAGGGAGAACAAGAUUAUCAUAAUGCGAUAUACUACCCAGUCAAUGGAGGAGUGCAAGACGAUUUUCACAAUUACACUUGCGUGUGGACUGAAGACAAGUUGGAGUGGCAUAUUGACGGGCAGCUUGUUCGUACGCUCACUCCGAAAGAAGCCAACAACACAAGGAACUAUCCCCAGACACCGAUGAAGCUCAGUCUCGGUAUUUGGGCUGGUGGUGAUCCGGACCAACCGAAGGGUGUCAUUGAAUGGGCUGGAGGUGUAACUGAUUACUCCUCGCCUUACACGAUGUACGUUCAGAGCGCUCGCGUCGAGGACUUUUCUACCGGAAAAGAAUACUCCUACAGCGACCACAGCGGCAGCUGGGGAAGCAUCAAGAUCGCUAGUGGUAACUCGACUGCGAUCGAAAACAUAAACAAGGAGCCAGAGAAGACCCUGUCCCAGAAGUGGGAUGCUCUUCCCGCCAGCACCAAGACCGGUGUCUAUGCCGCCGCGGGUGGUGUCGGUGCUAUCCUCUUAGUCGCUCUGGUCUUCUACUACUUCAAGCAGAAGCGUCGUGGCAAGCAAGAGGCCGCCCUCGCAGCACAGCGCCAAGAGCAAGAACGCGUGGAACUCGAGAGAUUCAAGAAAGAAGGAAGAGACCCCGAUGCGCUCGCUUUCAACGGUGCCGAAUACGAUGCUAAGACCGGAGGAGCUGUUACCACGACAUACGCUGUGCCCGACUCACCACCCGGAAGCUCCGCCGGCCCGCCUGAGAAGGCUUGGGAUCCGACGAGCUCCGGUGCUGCUGGUGCAGGCGCUGCCAUGCCGCUACUCCGUGAUGAUGCGAUGAGUCCUCGUAUCGCUAGUCCGCGACCGGGUCCAGGUGGUCCACCACGAAAUGGCAGUUUCGCAUCCCCGAUACGUUCGCAAAGCCCUGGCUUGCCGCCACAGUUCCCGGCUCCUAACCCGCAAUCACCUAUGAACCGAAGUUUCUCGCCUGCUAAUGCGCCAAUGCGGAUGGGAUCUCCAGGUCCCCAAAAUGGUGGCUAUGGAGGUCCGCGAAUGAACAGCCCUGCGCCUAACCGUGGCCCUGGUAGCCCCGCUUCCCCAGGACCUAACUAUGGUCAAUACGGAGGAUACCGGUGA